AUGGCGCUCGCGGACAUCAUGUCGGUGGAGAUGAGCGCCAAGUACAUGGACUCGAGCAGCUCGUCGAGCCUGUCGUCGGACUCGGACGACCUGUCCUCGUCCUCCAGCUCCUCGGUGGUCUCCUCGUCCUCCGCCGAGUCAGACUCGGAUUCGGACGCGCCACGAGCCUCUGCGCGGAAGAAGACGGGGCCUCGGGCUCGUGCAGGCAAGCAGGGGGGCGGGGAGCUCUCCGAUUAUGGCGACGACUCGGACCUGGACAGCGGGGGGAGAACGAAGAAGAAGAAGAAAGUGACGAAGCCCGUGGCCCCAAGGAGGUCCCCAACCAAGAGCAACGGGAAGGCGAAGAAGGCGGCGAAGCCCGCGCCUGUAGCGGCGCCGCCGAGCGUUCCACCUCCCCCACCGCCACCGCCGCCGCCCCCAGUUGAGGACUCGUCCAGUAACAGUUCGUUCAGUGACAGCUCAAGCUCGGACUCGUCGGAUUUAUCGGGCUCGGAGGCGUCGUUGCCCGUGCCCCCGCCUCCUCCACCUGCUCCGGCUGAUGGGAGUGCAAAUGCAGCAGCGAGAGUGACUCCCGCUGGGACCUCGAGGCCUCCGAAGCGGAGAGCUGCAACGAAGAAGAGAUCGGACGAAGUGAGUCCGUCGUCGCUAAAGGUGACCCUGAAGCUGCCGCCCGGGUUUAUUGCUAAGAAUGGCGGUGCAGCUGUGCUCAACGCACCGGCAGCAGCUGGUAACCGAGCGACGAUGAACUUCCAGGCGACGGGUCCAACUGCUGCGACUACUAAAAGAGCCCGAGCGCCGGCAGCAGCAGCAGCAGCAGCAGCUAAGAAGGCAAAACCUGCAUCAGGAGCGAAAUCUACAAAGAAGAAACAGCCCGCUGCUCGUGCUCAGAAUACUGCGGCUGCUCUUGGAGGUGCGCCGGUGGCUCAUGCCAACGGGGCAAUGCCUGGAGCACCGCUCAUUCCAGUUGGCCCUCCUAUUCUGCCAAAGCUGAUUCCGACCGGCCCAACUGUUCCUGCUGGCGAAGUGCGCGGCGCGAAAGAACUUUCACUUGUGGAUCCAGCCCUCAUUGGAGAUAAUCCGGAGGAAACUAUCGAAGAAAACAUCCCAGCUCAUUUCAAUGACCCAUACGCGCAUGGGGGAGAUACGCUGCGUCUUUUGGACAUGUUUUUCUUCUGCGACGAGAAUGGCAUUCCCUUCUCGCUCGAAGAAACGCCCACGCGCGGACUCUUCGUCUUCAACUAA